GGCGUGUCCGGAGCAGGCGGGAGGGAGCGAUAUAAAAGUGCUGGCGGCGCGCCGGCCGGGGUUUCAUUCGCCGCCUAGCGCCGGGACCGGGAGCGCCGCGGGAAGCACGGGCGGUGGAAAGGGCGCUGCGCUCGGGCUACCCAAUGCGUGGACUAUCUGCAGCCGCUGCUCGUGCAAUAUGCUGGAGCUCCAGAACAGCUAAACGGAGUCGCCACACCGCUGCCUGGGCUGGAUCACAGCGCUGCCUUUCCUUAUGAAGAAGACACAAUACAUGAAUCCAACAGCUGCAAGGGACUGCUUUUGGGUGUAAGUCACCUGUGUAGUCAGAACAUUUAUGAAACAAAUUGAGGCAACACCAGGAUGCUUUUUAUAAUGUAUGCUGUUUUCAAGACUUGGAUUAUCACUUGCAUUUAUCUUCAACUGCUCCUCUUUAAUCCUCUCGUCAGAACUACAGGGAUCUGCACGAACCGUGUCACUGAUGAUGUGAAAGACGUUACAAAAUUGGUGACCAACAAUCCUAAAAGUUUUUAUUUAUGCUUUAUCUUUCUCCCUUUCAAUUUCUUGCAGCCUAGUCAUUGUUGGAUAAGCAAAAUGGUGGAGCAAUUGUCAGUCAGCUUGACUGAUCUUCUGGACAAGUUUUCAAAUAUUUCUGAAGGCUUGAGUAACUAUUCUAUCAUAGACAAACUUGUGAAAAUAGUAGAUGACCUUGUGGAGUGCAUGGAAGAACACCCAUUGGAGAAUGUAAAAAAGUCAUCUAACAGCCUAGAACUCAAGAUGUUUACUCCUGAAGAAUUCUUUAGAAUUUUUAAUAGAUCCAUCAAUGCCUUCAAGGACUUGGAGAUAGUGUCAUCUAAAACUAGCGAAUGUGUGUUUUCUUCAACAUUAAGUCCGGACAAUGAUUCCAGAGUCAGUGUCACAAAACCAUUUAUGUUACCCCCUGUUGCAGCCAACUCCCUUAGGAAUGACAGCAGUAGCAGUAAUAGGAAGGCCUUGAAUUCCAUUGGAGACUCCAAGCUGCAAUGGGCAGCCAUGACGUUGCCAGCAUUCUUCUCUCUUUUAGUUGGCUUUGGUUUUGGAGCCUUAUACUGGAAGAAGAAACAACCAAAUCUUACAAGGACAGUUGAAAAUAUACAGAUUAAUGAAGAGGAUAAUGAGAUAAGUAUGUUGCAAGAAAAAGAAAGAGAGUUUCAAGAAGUCUAAUUGUGGCUUGUAUCCACACUGUUACUUUCGUAUAUUGGUGGGUAACAGUUCAUGUUUGCUUCAUAAAUGAAGCCGCUUUAAACAAAUUCAUAUUCUGUCUGGAGUGACAGACUGCGUCUUUUCCUGUUCUUGCUACCCAUGACUCUAUAUGGAUGAUUCAGAAAUUGGAACAAAGUGUUUUACUGUGAAACUGGCACUGAAUUAAUCAUCUAUAAAGAAGAACUUGCAUGGAGCAGGACUCUACUCUAAGGACCUGGGGGACUUGUAGUGUCAUUUAGAACCUGCAACUGAUGUUGGGAGAGAAAGCACGUAUCCCAGACUGCACGCCCAUUUUGCAUGCCUCCAGAAAUGUCUAAUAGCUGAAAACCACAUAGCUUUAUUUUUUGUUACAACCUGCAGUUUGUAGUUAUCUCGGUCCCUUCAAGUAGCGUUCAAGCUGGAUAAUUGCGGUAAUAAUUUUUCUUCAAAGGGAUCUAGAAGAAUUUUAAAGACAAAAACUCGAUAGCAUCAGCCACUGCACAUAUUCAAAGCAGAGGAGGAAAAAGUGAUUGGAGUGGGUAUCACGUCAGCUUCUUAGCCGCUAAUGAUAUGGGUCUGAUCUCAAGUCUCUUCCUGUUGUAAAACACGCUCACCCACAUCGCAGGAGACAAAGGGGCACGGUCAGCUGGUGCUGAAUUGGAACAGUGAUGCCUUUGCAGCGGGGAGAGCCCCCAAAGAGUCAUCGCACGAAGAAGCUAUGAAAACUGAACAACAGGGCAGUCGCCGAGGAGGACAUUUGUCUCCCCUGGUGCGGGCGGCCUUUUCCCUUGACCACUGUCGGGUGUAUAAAUCAUGCUUGCAAAAUA